GGCUAACGGCCGGUGACUAUCAGCAAUCGUCUAGGGGUCUCUGAGGCCCUGGGGCUCUGUACCCUGUGCUGAAGCCUGAAGGCGAGGCUUCUCCAGUAAAGAUUUUGUCGAUGAAUGUUCAUCCACAUGUAUGUUUAGAUGCCCGUCUCUUCAUUUUAGGUUUCUAGUGUUUGCCACUAAUUUCCUUCAACGGAGCAACCUUUUUGAAAGCAAAUGGACGGCGACAAUGAGCAGCAGGUCAUGCUUUCAGAGGAGAUGCUCCUGGAAUUUCCACUUCUAGAAAAGAUCACAAAUGGUUUCUCUGCCGAUCAGCAAAUUGCCGAAGGUGGAUUUUCCGUCGUUUAUAAGGGACUGCAUGAUGGGAAAGCAGUCGCUGUGAAGAGGCUGAAAGAAUUGGAUAUCGACGACAAGACAUUCUCGCGUGAGGUUCGUUGUCUGAUGCAGUUGAAUCCCCACAAGAAUAUAGUACGGUUUCUAGGAUAUUAUUCUGGAGCAGAACAAAUGUGUGUACCCUACAAGGGCACUAAUGUCAUGGCUGAUCAUAAGAGGCACAGAUUGCUCUGCUUCGAGUAUCAGCCUGAUAGUCUGUGUAGGCGGAUCAGCGAUGCAUCGUCUGGGCUUGGUUGGAUCUGGCGCUAUCAAAUAAUCAAGGGAAUUUGCAAUGGCUUACAUUACCUUCACAAGAUGGAAAUUGUUCACCUUGACCUCAAACCAGCAAAUAUACUGCUGGAUAGCAAGAUGGUACCAAAAAUUACGGACUUUGGUAUCUCAAGAUGCUUUGAUGGACAAAGCCAGCUUUUUGCGACAAGAAUUGCUGUAACACGUGGAUAUUAUGCACCAGAAAUUGUGAACAACGUGAUCACAAUGAAGUUGGAUAUAUAUAGUCUUGGUGUUAUAAUCCUGCAGAUACUAACAGGACAUAUAUAUCAUACUUUGGAGGUUCAAGAAGAAAGAUCUGAUGAAGUAUUAAAAGAUGUACUUGAAAGCUGGAAGAAUAGAUUGGAGACAUCACGAGGAGACACAUAUUUUGUCUUCCCAAAAGAAAUGGGAGAUCAACUGUUGGAACAAUCUGAAAAAAUGAGAGACACACUGUUGGAACAAUCUGAAAAAAUGAGAGAGACACUGUUGAAUCAAGUGCGAGUAUGUGCUGAGAUAGGGAUACAGUGCAUGAACACUGACCCAGCUAAAAGACCAGAUAUAGACAUAAUACUUCAUAGACUUGGUGAAACAGGAAGUACAGAUGGGUUUACCGAAGCAAUGCAGGUACCCAUGCAAAUAUUUCCAAAAUGGAGGCGAGUAGCACCUCUGGUGCCACAAUCCAUUCACGGUUUCCCAUCCAUGAAUGCAGCAUUCUGUUGCGCUCAAGUUGCUGAAGGGGUCGACAAGAUUGGGCCAUGUGGUGGAGGAGGAGGGGAGCACUACGACACCAUCAAGAUCCCCCACUGCCUAAAGAGCAUAACAGUUUGGAAUGGCUUGAUCAUUGACUCGAUUCAAUUUUCCUACCAAGAUCGUGAGAAGACUCUUCACACUACAGAUCGAUGGGGUGGUCCUGGUGGGUUCGAGCAAGUCACGAUUAAACUCGAUGAUGAUACAUGUCUCAAGAGAAUGUCAGGAACAUAUGCUCCAUUUAAUGAUGAAACAGUCGUCAUAACAUCACUUACUUUUGUCACCAGUAAUAACAUCAAAUAUGGACCUUUAGGAGGUGGAGGUGGGAUGACUUUUGAUAUUCAUCUGAGCGAAGGAAGCAUUGUUGGUUUCUUUGUGCGUGCAGGGUGGUUCAUAGAUGCAAUUGGUGUCUAUGUUCGUAGGUAGCGCAAAGAAUCAAAUAUGCAUGAAGACUUGUUUUAAGACUUGGGUGACAAUAAAAGUUGGACUUUGUCUGGUCAUAUGGAGAAGCUAUUUAGUCACAUUUUAGGCAUAACAUUAUUAACAUUAUUCCCAUCUAAACUGGACUAACUCUCUUCUUCUUAUUAAUAGGUGGAAUAGCCAUUUUCAUCCCUCAA